AUAGAGAGUUAAAAGAUGAACAGCUCCUCCAAGGUGAUAAUGGCAGCUACAAUGGUAAUGGUAGUAAGCUUAGUCAUGGUUUUAAGCUUAGUCUUAGUACUACUAGCUGAACUCUACUGCUCUCUCUUACUCCGCCGUCGCCGCCACCACAACUCUCACAACCUCCCCAUCACCACUACUACCGUCUCCGCCGCCACAACUCUCAACCAAGUCAUCUCCACCACAAGCAACGAACAUUCACCUUCACCAACACCAUCCAACAUAGAUUCUUUAUCAAACCCUCUCUACACAGGCGUUCUUCAAACUCCAACCAAAACACCAUCUUUACAAGCUUCUCUUGAUCUGAUUCAAGAAACCACAGUUAACGAUUCUUCUAACCACAACAACAAGUCCACAACAGCUUCUUCUCUUGACAACUUCAUCUACAUAUCAAACCCGAUUUACUCUACAAGUAAACAAACAACACCCUUUGAAACACCUCAGUCUUCACCGUCACGUCUUGAAGAUGAAGAAGACGAUACAAUCCAAGAAGAAGUCUCAACAACAACACCUACAUUGUCUCCAAUGAAAGAUCUACCUGAAAAGGCAUGCUCUGUUUCACUAAAAGAUAUUGAAACUUCUCCUAGUGAAUCCAAGAACAACAACAAUGGUGAGUCAUCGUCGUCUUCGUCGUCUGGUUCGCCGUAUACUUCACCGUCGUGGUAGGGUUUUAAUUGUAAUUCUUUAGGGUUUUGUUUGGGUUUUUUUUGUCUUUUUCACAAUUUUUGUUUUGUUUUGGUUUGGAGUGUUCUUGGAAUGUGUAUGUUUUGUUGGACAUAUGGGCUCAAAGACCAAAGCCACGCUUGUUUUCACUGAGUUUCCUCCAUCUGUCUUUUUCUAUGUUCUGAUUCUGUGUC